AUGGCAGCACAAGACUCCAACGGUACCCGUAUCACUCACACUGGAUAUAGUGACAGUGAAAUCCAUACACUGCCCCAUGGAUCUACCGCCCAAGCGGUCAAUGACAGGAUCUGGUCAUUCACUGAUAGAAGCGGUGUCACUACUUAUCGUGAAGUAAUCGGAACGCUGCCAAGAUACAUCACCGAUCAAAUGGGGUCGGCACCAGCUACCCAGAUGUUCUGGAAUUAUGAGCCGGGAUCGGGGGUUCACUUCGGUCCUUCGGUCGACAAUUUGGAUAAACUCGAUGGUAGCAGCAAUCCUAGUUAG